CCUGCGUGAAACUUUUGCGUAGCCGACGCAUUUCGUUUGUGUUUUGUCAAAACAUUGUUCAUUGUCUCUUUUGCAUUGUUUUUUCUUUCUUUCUGACUUUUUGUGUCGUUUGACAUUUGUCAAAAAUCUGUGAAAACAAAAAAAAAUCCGCGAAUGGAUGUCGCUGAACAGAAGAACGUUAGCGAAACAUCAGAAGAUACGAAAUGUGAAGACUUGUCGCGGCGUGAACAAAAUGGAGAUCCCUCAACGAACAAAUGUACGACAAGUGAUGCUAUCGUGAAGGAUCUCCUCGAUGAAGUUCGUUCUUUAGAAAAGCCUUUUUCCGUCGAAGACCUAGCCGCACAAAAGAAGAGAGACAAGGAAAAGAAGAAAAAGGAACACAAGCAUAAGAAGUCAAAAAAGAAGAAGAAGAAGCAUCAUUCCAAGCGUGACCAUAGUGGAUCACGAAAACACUCGCGUUCAAGGUCACCUUCGAAGAAGAAGCAUAAGAAAAGAAAACAUCGAUCAAGGUCAAAGUCGAAAACUUCAUCAAAAGACAAAACCCCCUCUCGAACUCCAACACCGCUGAGAUCUGAUAAUGAAGAAGAGAAAAAGGCAGUAGUAAAACCAGAGCCGGAGCCAAUCAGUACUCCCGAAAAGAGUCCUCCUUUCCCUGAGAAGUCAUCAUUUCGUGCGAUCUCCGACGAUGAUGAUGAUCUUCCGGUUGGCGCUGAUUUCCGAACUGUCAUGAAAGAAGCCAAGAAAAAGAUUAAUAUCUCCAGUAAGAUUGGCUCCUCUCUAGAUUUGGCAUCUCUUCCAGUCGCUCCUCCGCUGGGCAAGCCUCGUUCAUCUCAAGCAUUUCCGUUGUCAAAAGAAAUCAAGAAAGAUUUGGAUGAUGAUGGACCUAUGGAGAAAAGAGAAUCAGACGUUCUGAACAAGGUGAUUGCUGAGAAAGGACGCGGAGAUUUUGUACCUCGCAACUUAAAGGUGAAAACCUCGGCUACGGAAAGUUCAUCGGUUCAGACUCACAUAAAAACUGAAGCAGAAAAUGGCAACGAGACUGAGAUGAAACCUUCUAUCAAAAUUGAGGAUGAAAGUUUGAUGGAUAUCUCGGCUGAUGAGGCUGAGAAAGAGGCAGAAUUCGGACCAGCAUCUCUUCCGCCCCCGGCUCCAACCGCCACCUCGUCGGGAGCCGUCAAUUCUGCACCGGUUCCUGAACCCAUAAGUGAUGGAGAGCUGGAGAAAGAGAUAUUCGAAGAAAUCAAUGCUGCUGCUCAGCCGAAGACAGCGCUAAAAUCUCGAUUAGCGAGGGUUGUCGAGAGUUCAUCCGCUGUGAUAUCGAAAGCUUCCAAAGAGCCGCACUCAAGGAAACGGCGCAGAUCCCCACGGAAACGAAGCUCCAGUCCAAACACUGAUGAGGAGAUAAGAAUUAAAGCAAGAACUGCACGUUCUAACAAGGCCAUGAGAAAGGUAUCACCAUAUCGUCCACGUGGACGUCGACGAGACGAUCGUGGUCGCUCAAGGUCGAGAUCUCGCCGACGUUACUCUAAAUCUGUUAGCAGAAGCCCAGUUCGGGACAAGCGCAGGCGGAGGUCAAGGUCCACGUCCAAAAGUCGCAGCAGAAGCAGAAGUCGUAGCAGUAGCCGAUAUAGAUCCCGUCGGUCACGAUCCAGGUCAUCAACGCGGAGCAGAAGUCGUAGCCGGAGUCGCAGCCGCACUCCUAGUCGUAGUAGAAGUAGAAGCAGAAGCAGAAGUAGAAGUCGCAGUAGAUCACCAAGGCGUCCAAUGGGAGGAGAGGGUCGAAGGCGAGGUGGUGGCCGUAGGAGAGGACGAAUUGAUAAAGCAAAGCUGUUGGCGAUUGCUAGGAAGAAGGCACAGAAAAUGCAGUUGCUUGGUAUCAGUCUUGGAAACUUGGAUCAGCUCCAAAAUCAGCCCAAAAGUGUGGACGAUUUUGUCUCUUACUGCCAGCAAAUACAACGCCGUCAGGAAAAAGAGACUAGAAGAGAGAAAGGCGAAGCCGUUUCCAGCGAUGAUGAUGAUGACUCUGACAAGGCCGGAUCUGGCGCUGCCAGUCCUACGUCUUUCAAGCACCCAUUCGGUGUUAAGACAGCAGGACCAGUUGAAGGCAUCAAAAUCAACAUAGUGAAUGCCACAAAUAUUCCAACGAAAACACCACAGGAACGCAUACUGGACAGUUCCCAGCUGCGAUUAGUUUACCCAGUCUCUUCAGGAGUCACUCACAAGGAGAGCACAGAGCGUGAGUGGACACCAGUAGUGAAAGAUGAGUUGAAGACAUGCUCAGCUGAACAAAAGAAGUACGUGGGAAUAACUAGUCUUGAGGCUCAGAAGUACCAUAGCGCGAGCACUUCCGCUGACCAUCUUCUACCACCACCGCCUGCUCCACCCGUACUGACAGGCCUCGGUGGACUGUUACCGCCACCUCCACCUCCUCCAAAACUUACUGCUUUUGAUACGUUGUUGCCUCCUCCACCGCCUUUGCCCGAAUUACUUGUUAUUCCACCAGAGGAGGAAUUGAUUAUACAUGAGCCGGAUAAAAUUGAAAUAGCUAAGAAGAGAGAUGUCGCCAAAGUUUUGGCUCAACGAGCUAGUGCGCAAUUGACUUUGGCAUCGAAUCCAAAUGAUUUUGAGGCCAUUCGAAUGCUCAAAGAAGCCGAUGACCAGAUGGCAGCUUGGGCAGCUGCUAAAAAUCUGCCGGGAAAGUUUACCGGCAGUACCGGUCUCAAUGUACUUUCGUCUGAUGAGUUACAACCCCAUGAUCCACGCUAUAAUGCGUGGGUAAGGAAGGAUGAGGAUGUUGAUGUGCAGGCUUAA